AUGGAUCACAGUGGUGAUGAUGGUAACGACGUUCAACCAGAAAACAAGCCAAUCUCAUUUUCAGUCAAAGACUACGCAAUCACAGGACCUAAUGUUCCUCUUCCUAUGAUGAAGCGAUAUAACAAGAAAGGAAGAAGAAUGGAUCACAGUUCCGCCAACAAUGAUGACGACGUUAAACCAGAAAACUACCCAAUCUCAUUUUCACUCAAAGACUUACCAAUCACAGGACCUAAUGCUCCUCUUCCUAUGGUAAUCAAACUCCAGAUCAACAACUUGUCCGUUCUCAGAGUCGUCGUCAAUGAGGGAAGUGCCGCAAACAUUCUCUACUGGUCAGCAUUUUUGAAUAUGAGAUUACCAGAGUCAAUGCUGAAACAAUGUGAAAAUGCAUUUCUGAAGGAUGUUAUUGGAAAUGGUGCACCCGUCAAAGGAUAUAUUGAUUUGGACACAACAUUUGGUAAAGGAGGGAACGCCAAGAUGAUCAAGCUAAGGUACUUCGUCGUUGAUUCACCAUCUGUUUAUAAUGUUGUUAUUGACAGGCGUACUGUUGCUGAUUUGGGAGCCGUCAUCUCAACCUUACACCUCACCAUGAAAUAUCCUAUCGGAGAUGAUAUGGUCGGAGUUGUCAAGGCCGAUCUCGAGAUGGCCAAAAGGUGUUAUGAUAUGGGUCCUAAUGCUAUUUAUUAGAUGUUUGUUUCAAUUUUCAACAACUAAGAAAGAAAGUGUUUAUGUUAUAGAAUAGUUGAUUCUGACCGACUGUUAUCGUCAUGUCA